GCCAAACGUCAAACUCGGUCGGCAUUCGUGAAACAGCAAAAUUCAGUGGCCGUAAACAAUUCGCAGAUUUUCCGGAGUUUCUUCAGUAAUUUUGAGCCGUAAACUCGUUCCAUCAUGACCCUGACCACGGACGUCGCCCGCGACCUGGAAGCGCCCGGCUUCAGCUUCGAAAACUGCCGCAGGAAUGCCCAACUGGUCAAGCAGGGCUUUGUGGCGCCCAAGAUGAUCAAGACCGGAACGACCAUUGUGGGGAUCAUCUACAAGGAUGGUGUGAUUCUGGGUGCGGACACCCGUGCCACGGAAGGACCGAUUGUGGCGGACAAGAACUGCGAGAAGAUUCAUUACCUGGCGAAGAACAUGUACUGCUGCGGAGCGGGAACGGCCGCGGACACCGAGAUGACCACGAAUAUGAUUGCGUCGAAUCUGGAGCUGCACCGGUUGAACACCGGGCGUACGGUUCCGGUGGUGGUUGCCAACACGAUGCUGAAGCAGUUCCUGUUCCGUUACCAGGGCCACAUCAGUGCCGCGCUGGUUCUCGGCGGAGUGGACAGCACCGGGUCGUACAUCUACUGCAUUUAUCCGCACGGAUCGACGGACAAGCUGCCGUACGCGACGAUGGGCUCGGGAAGUUUGGCCGCCAUGUCCGUGUUUGAGUCGCGCUGGAAGCCGGACAUGGAAGAGGAGGAGGGCAAGAAGCUGGUGCGGGAUGCGAUCGCGGCCGGUGUGUUCAACGAUUUGGGCUCGGGAUCGAACAUUGAUCUGUGCGUGAUUCGCAAGGACGGCGCCCAAUAUCUGCGGACGUUCGAGGAGGCCAACAAGAAGGGAACGCGAUCGCUGAACUACGAGUACAAGCCCGGAACGACCGCCGUGCUGGGAAGCAAGAGCUUCAAGAUCGACGUUACGGCCGAGUGCGUGCGCACGUUGAUUCCGGAGGGUGGCGUCGAGAGUAUGGAUACUGCUUAGGGCGGAGAAUUCCGAGGGAAGGCGAUGUUUUAGGCUGUAAGAGCUCUGAAUUCAGAUUCUGUGUUUCGGUAUUUCCAAUAAAUUUUGCUAACUUUAGCG